GAGUGUUCCUAACGUUCACGCUCAGCUACUCCGUUCGAGGCAGGCACACUCAAAAAAAAAAAAAAAAGGAACUUCCGGCUAACAACUUCCGGUUCACGGGGUCAUAUUUUUGUUUGCCGUUAGCUAAGUAGCUAAUGGCUGUAGAAGGCGUGAAUCCUCAAAUAAGCCAGAAUAUUCAUACGUAUUUCGAAAAGUUCUUAUGGUUGGUGGUUCUAAGCAACAGUAAAAGGGUCUGUUUAGGUGAGCAGCCGGGGCGUAGCUAAACAAAACUGACAUGGGAGGUGAGGAAAAUGGAUUUUGCGGUUCUUGAGCAGAGCCACCCACUGAUGCCGGAGUUGAAGGAUCCACCACAGAGUCAGCAGUUCACAGGGCUCCAAGGAGGACCAAAAGCCCGCACCAGUAGCGGAUCAGACAAGAUGGGGGCCGCGAUGGGACCGAUUCUUCACUGGCUGCAGGAUGUAGCGGCUGUGACUCUCCUCAAAGCCCGGCGAACAUUACUCCAGGCCGCCAUCCUGCUCUGUGCUUUGGUUCUGCUGCUCUGGGUGUCUGUGUUUCUCUACGGGAGCUUCUAUUACUCCUACAUGCCCACUGUGAGCUUCUCCACUCCUGUGCACUUUUACUACACCUCUGAUUGCGAUGCCUCGCAGCCAGGUCUCUGCUCCUUCCCCACAGCCAACAUCUCAUUCAUGAGGAAUGAGAGAGACCAGGUGAUGGCUAAUGGUCAGCCUUACAGAGUGUCACUGGAGCUGGAGAUGCCCGAGUCUCCGGUGAACGAACAGCUGGGUAUGUUCAUGGUCAGGAUGUCUUGUUACACCAGAGGUGGGAAGAUUGUGUCAACGGUGGGUCGAUCCACGAUGCUGCAUUAUCGCUCCUUCCUUCUGCAAACCCUGAACACUUUGUGCUUCUCUCCUCUCCUGCUGACCGGCAUGGCUGAGCAGAAGCAACUCAUAGAAGUGGAGCUCCACUCGGAUUACAAGACAAACGCCUAUGAACCCACGGUCGGUGCAGUCCUCCAGAUCCAGUCCAAACAGGUCCAGAUCUACUCGGCUCAGCUUCGCAUCCAUGCGUACUUCACUGGCAUACGGUACCUUUUGUACAACUUCCCCUUGACGUCCGCAGUGAUCGGCGUCGCCACCAACUUCGCCUUCCUCAGCGUCAUCGCGCUGUUCGGCUACCUGCAGUUCAUAUGGGGCGGGCUCUGGCCUCCGGAUCAGGUCAGAGUCCGGGUCAUGAUGGGAGACAACACUCGCAUCCAGAGGAGGAGAGAGGAGGCUCGGAAGCGAAUGGAAAGGGAGAAUUCGCAGAAAGAGCUCUGCGCUCCGGCAGAAAUUGGAUCCGUGGAUGGGACCUGCGGUCCUCAGGGAAACGGCACGUUAGCGGAGAUGUCAUCAGAGAACCCCUCUGUAAAGCCAGAUGCCUCUGAGGCCGAAGCUCCGGAUAACAAGGAAGAAGAGUCUCGUGAUUCUGAGGAGCUAGAGGACACCGACAGCUCUGACGUGUUAAACAGGAGCCUUCCAUCUCCGUCUGGAGAGACGUCGCUUCGCCAGAGACCCGGGCCUUGGAUGAGUCUCUAAAUCAUUUAUGCAUAAUAAAUGUUGCAUAUCUACUCCUAUCUUUGGCACCUUAAACACAGGUCAUCAAUCAYAGACUAAAACAACCCCACAGUUUAAUGACAUUUACAUGCAUGCACUAUUUUAUUUAAAAAUUAGUUUACCUCGACCUUUGUUUUUCUGUUAUGAAAGCACUGUUACAAGUCUUAUUUUUGUACCAGUUGUGUGUUGCUGGUGCUCAUAUCAUGAGGUGUUACAUUCCAGUUCUGACAUGUCAUCAGAUAUUUGCCAACAAUUCAACACACCCUUGUUUAAGUCAGCUGAACCUGCUUGUAUUUUGAUGUUUGCAUGGUGGUAUUUCCUCUCAUCACAGCUCAAUAUUAAAUAGGGCAAAGUUUUAAAGACUUCAUGCUAAAUUAAUUCUAGACAGUGACUCUCUUCACUUGUAGGUCAAACGUGGUUCGGCUUGAGGUUUUCGGUGGUGCGCAACUGAAACAAAACUGCUAAAGCAUGUGACUUCUCGUUUAUCAGAAGUUUUUUCAGAGCGAUUUAAAUUGGAAAUUUUGUCCAAGAAAAAAAGGUUCGUUGUUACAAAUUCCCAGAAAAAAACAAACGUCGGUACAGAAAAAUACCUUUUGUUUCUUCCUGUAAAUCUUACGUUCUGCAUCAGUUUGUGACGUGAAGCUUGUGUAGAUUUACACAGUCACUUUGCAGUUUAAMAUUUUUAAAAAUGUUAAUUUUUUUUUCAUUACCAGUAGAAACRAAGCAUUUUAGCUAAGUUAUGUAGGUUCGUGCAUAAGUGUCUGUAUUUAAUGAGUAGAGAAAAACGAGGAUGGUGAGUUUUGAAGUCGAUGCAGUUGCUAAAGCAGCUGAGUUCUAACAACGCAGGUCUUUAGUGGUGUUUAACCCGUAACUUCAGAGGAGCUUUGAAGAUAAGUUGUGUUUUUGGUAGGUUAUGUUAUGGAUGCAAUAUUUUGUACCAAAGAUAUUCUAAGAAUUGGUGGUUCUUCUGAAGAUACAUGAGCACAUUUUAUUUAUGCAUUAAAAAAGAAUAAAAGAAUAAACUAGUG